AUGUACGGGAACACGUCAGUGGAUGACAUGCCCCCUGGAUUAUUGUCACCUGCUCAGUUCACCGUUAUCACUUGUUUCUUAACAUUGUGUGGAGUUGUGGGGCUUGUCAUCAACUCGGUCACCUUUCUAGUAUUUGUCGCUGUCCCUUCCCUUCGCUGCCCCACAAAUUUGUUCAUAAUGGCUGUGUUGUCAUGUGACUUGAUCAUGUCCACUGUUGGGAUUCCUUUCGAAGCUGUGGCAAGUGUUCACAAUCGCUGGGUAUUCGGAGCAGCGGGAUGCUCUUGGCAUGGAUUUAUCAUGUCGUUUUUGGGCUACACGUCUAUCUAUCUUUUGACAGCGAUUUCUGUGGAGCGAUAUUUACUCAUUACAAAUCCCUUCUCACGACCUCUCAUUACGAACACACGGGCUGUUGGUGUUAUUGUGGCAUGUGUCACAUUGGCCUUACUGUUAUCCGCCUUCCCUGUGAUCGGAUGGAGCUCCUACCAGCUGGAAGCCGCCCUUAUAUCGUGCAGUGUUAACUGGCAGAGUGCUUUUCUACUGUGCUGGACUCCGUACGCCGCCGUGUCCUUGUGGUCAGCCUUUGGGAAUCCUUCAGACGUUUCACCUGUAGCCGGAACUGUACCUUCUUUAAUCGCCAAGUCGUCCGUAGUAUGGAACCCAUUGAUUUAUGUACUGACCAAUAAACAGUUCCGGAGCAGGUUUAUUACAGUCUUCACGUUCCGCGUACGUUCUCAAACCAGAUUGAAAACACAGGAACGUGCAAAUGAAAGGAUAGAGAUGAAACUACUGACAAAAGAAUCAAAGGGAGAAAGUAGUAGUCAGAACUACAAAAGCGUGCAGAUGUACAAGGAAAGCCUACAGCGUGAAGGUUCACAUUACUGCCGCACGAACGCCUUGGGGGAUAGCUGCAGUAACCCGUUUAUAACUCUGACAAUGGAGAAGUCAGAUGUAGCCCCGGUGUCGGUCUGA